AAAACCUGUUUCUCUCUCUUCAGUUCUCUCUCCUCUCUCUCUCUCCUCCCUCCCGUCGCGCCAGCCACCCUCCUCCCUUCCAAUUGAGACAGCGGCCACCACAGGGCACGCCAAUCUCCGGCGUUGGUACCAAUAGCUCCGCCACGCCCUCGCCGUCAAGACCUGAUCGUUCUCCGCCCACGAGCUGACCGGAGUUGGCCGGAAAAAGGAGAAAACCGCCAGUUUUUGGGCUAAACUUCCAACCCUUCGUUCUCCCUCAAUUCUCAACCAAAUCUUUCGAGUAAGACAGAAAAGCAAACAGAGCACUCAACAUGAUGAGAUUUCAAGCGUUUAUCGGCAUUUUACUGGUCUUCCUCUCAGGGGCUCACUCGGCUACAUUCACAUUCACAAACAAAUGUCCUUACAUAGUUUGGCCAGGAACCCUAACUGGAGGCGGUGGCUCACAAUUAUCUUCCACCGGAUUCGAGUUAGCAUCUGGUGCUUCGACAUCUUUAAAUGUCCAAGCUCCAUGGUCCGGCCGCUUUUGGGGCCGCACCCAGUGCUCCACAGACUCCUCAGGAAAGUUUAGUUGCACCACGGGCGAUUGUGGCUCUGGCAAGACUGCGUGCAACGGUGCUGGUGCAAUUCCACCAGCAUUACUGGUGGAAUUGACCUUAGCAACCAAUGGAGGACAAGAUUUCUAUGAUGUAAGCCUUGUUGAUGGCUUCAACUUGCCCAUUAUGCUAGCCCCCCAAGGGGGAUAUGGGGACUGCAACUCCACAAGUUGUGCAAGCAAUGUCAAUACUGUUUGUCCUCCUAAGUUGUCAGUGAAAGGAUCAGAUGGGAGUGUGAUUGGCUGCAAAAGUGCAUGCAUGGCUUUAAAUCAGCCCCAAUAUUGUUGCACUGGUGCUUAUGGCUCCCCAGAUACAUGCCCUCCUACUAACUAUUCAAAGAUCUUCAAGAACCAGUGUCCUCAGGCUUAUAGUUAUGCUUAUGAUGACAAAUCUAGCACUUUCACAUGCUUUGGUGGCCCUAAUUAUGCAAUUACUUUCUGCCCUUGAUAAGGGCUUUUACAUGUAUUUAAGGAUAGAAUAAUAUUUUGUCAUGACUCAUAUAUAAAAUAAUCGCAUGAUAUAUGUAUGAUUGAUAUGUCU